UGGGAGAAGUCGAGUCACUUUUUCCGUGGUUCCAUUCUCAGCGCUUGGUCAUUGCGCCCGGUCUCAGUCUCUCACUGUUUCCGGACCUGGGAUCUCAUGGUGUCAGCUUCUCUGGCCUCCGUAGGUCCGCCAAAGAUGUGUCCCUUGUAAAAUGGCACAUAGCUGGAUUUUUAAAAAUUUUAUACAAUCUGUUAACCUCUGCAUUUUAACGGAAAUUUUUUAUUAUCCUGUUUUCUUCUCCACACUACUGAUUGUGCAAGAUUGCAUCUCAAGUGAACUGGCUGGCAACAGGGCAACUCUGGUAACUCUGCUGGUCUGAUUGCUUUGAAGAAAGAAGAGUAGAAGAAAAAAUAGAAUAAAUCAUGUCAGAGAUACUUGACCUCUCUUUUUUGUCUGAGGUGGAGAGGGAUUUGAUCCUCAGUGUUCUACAACGAGAUGAGGAGCUCCGGAAAGCAGAUGAGAAAAGGAUUAGGCGACUGAAGAAUGAGUUACUGGAGAUAAAAAGGAAAGGGGCCAAGAGGGGAAGCCAGCACUAUAGUGAUCGGACCUGUGCUCGGUGCCAGGAAAGCCUUGGCCGUUUGACUCCCAAGACCAACACUUGUCGGGGCUGUAACCAUCUGGUAUGUCGGGACUGCAGAAUCCAGGAAAGCAAUGGUACCUGGAGGUGCAAGGUGUGCGCCAAGGAAAUAGAGCUGAAGAAGGCAACUGGUGACUGGUUUUAUGACCAGAAACUGAAUCGCUUUGCUUACCACACAGGCAGUGAGAUAAUUAGGAUGUCCCUGCGCCGUAAACCCUCAGUGAAUAAAAGAGAGACAGUGGGACAGUCCCUUCUUCAUCAGUCACAGAUGGAUGAUAUCUGGCCAGGAAGAAAGAUCAUUCAGGAGCAACAGAAGGAGCCCAGUGUGCCAUUUGAAGUGCCCAAGCUGAAAAGUGGAAAGAGUGCACUGGAGACUGAGAAUGAGAGUCUGGAUAGCUACACUGCUGACUCGGAUAGCAUGUCAAGGAGAGACUCUCUGGAUAAAUCUGGACUCUUUCCAGAAUGGAAGAAGAUGUCUGCACCCACAUCUCAAGUAGAAAAGGAAACUCAGCCUGGGGGUCAAAAUGCAGUAUCAAUUGAUGAGGGUGAAAUGAUAUUUAAGAAGAACACCAGAAAAAUCCUCAGGCCUUCAGAAUACACUAAAUCUGUUAUUGAUCUUCACCCAGAAGAUGUGGGACAUGAAAGUGGUUCCUUGGGAGACAGAAGCAAAUCUGUCCCAGGCCUCAGUGUAGAUAUGGAAGAGGAAGAAGAAGAAGAAGACAUUGACCAUCUGGUGAAGCUGCAUCGCCAGAAGCUAGCCAGAAGCAGCAUGCGAAGUGGUUCGUCCAUGAGUACAAUUGGCAGCAUGAUGAGUAUCUAUAGUGAAGCUGGCGAUUUUGGAAACAUCCUUGUGACCGGCAAGAUCGCCUUUUCUCUCAAGUAUGAGCAGCAAACACAGACUCUGGUCAUCCAUGUGAAGGAGUGCCACCAGCUGGCCUGUGCUGAUGAAGCCAAGAAGCGCUCUAACCCAUAUGUAAAGACUUAUCUUCUGCCUGACAAGUCCCGCCAAGGAAAAAGAAAAACCAGCAUCAAGCGGGACACUAUCAAUCCGCUAUAUGAUGAGACCCUCAGAUAUGAGAUCCCAGAAUCUCUUCUGGCUCAGAGGACUUUGCAAUUCUCAGUUUGGCAUCGUGGUCGUUUUGGCAGAAACACUUUCCUUGGAGAGGCAGAGGUCCAGAUGGAUUCCUGGAAACUUGAUAAGAAACUGGAUCAUUGCUUGCCUUUACAUGGGAAGAUCAGUGCUGAGUCCCCGACUGGCUUGCCAUCACACAAAGGCGAGUUGGUGGUUUCACUGAAAUACAUCCCCGCCUCCAAACUCCCUGUUGGAGGUGACCGGAAAAAGAGUAAAGGUGGGGAAGGGGGAGAGCUCCAGGUGUGGAUCAAAGAAGCCAAGAACCUGACGGCUGCCAAAUCAGGAGGGACUUCAGACAGCUUUGUCAAGGGAUACCUCCUUCCCAUGAGGAACAAGGCCAGUAAGCGUAAAACUCCUGUGAUGAAGAAGACUCUGAAUCCCCACUACAACCAUACAUUUGUCUACAAUGGCGUGAGGCUAGAAGAUCUACAACACAUGUGCCUGGAACUGACUGUGUGGGACCGGGAGCCCAUGGCCAGCAAUGACUUCCUGGGAGGGGUCAGGCUGGGUGUUGGCACUGGGAUCAGUAAUGGGGAAGUGGUAGACUGGAUGGACUCGACUGGGGAAGAAGUGAGCCUGUGGCAGAAGAUGCGACAGUACCCAGGGUCUUGGGCGGAAGGGACUUUGCAGCUCCGUUCCUCGAUGGCCAAGCAGAAGCUGAGCUUAUGAGCCCCUGUCCUUCUAUGCAGGUCUUGUCCUGUCCAGGGCAAGUCAGAGGAAGCGAAGAAACCAAGAGCAAAGAUUUAUAUUUAGUGUAUGUAUGUGUGUGUAUGCAUGUGUGUUAUGUAUGUGUGUGUAAUAAACAUAUGUUUCUACAAAUCUCAUUAUGUUAGAGUGAUGAAAGUUUGUUCCUCUUUUUAAAGCAGACUCAAGAAUAAGGGUCUGUUUAAAAUGUUUUCAUUUGUGCAUAAUCUAGUAUAUUUCCAGAGUCCAUUCUUUUAUCUUUAUGAUGUUUAAUUAGCUUAAAAAUCCUUUAAAACAAGUUUUUAUCUCCUGUCUUGCAAUUCUUUUCCUACUUCCCCAGGAAGCCCUGUCUACCUUUGACAUUUGUACAGGUCUGAGGCCAGGGCUCUGGGAAGCAGGGUUGGGUUACUAAAGACAGGAGAAGAUGGGAGAGAGGUGAGUAGGUCUGCCCUUUCCUUUCCAAUUUAUGUUUUGAACUCUAUUUUUACUUUGAUAUAUUUCUGGAACUUGGUUUUUAACUCUUAUUGUUUUUAAGCAAUUUCCAUAUUACUUUGGUCUAAUUGUUUUCUUUUAAAUGCUAAGAAAAUUCCUGUUUCCUCAAGCUCCAUACACCUUCCCUAGACCUUUAGGGGACCCUUAUAAUGGAGCUUCUUUAGAAAAACACUUUAAGG